AUGGGACUCGAGAUGAACCUGGGCUACAGCCACAAUGCUACUUAUGGACAUGACACAGUAGCUCUCGGAGUUAGUAAAGCCACUGGAUCUCCUAACCUAGACUCUCAAGUGGUUGCUACUUUCGAUAACGAUGACUAUUACGUCGGCUUGUUUGGCAUGGGCCAUCGAGGAACAGAUUUUAGUGAACACCAGCACACCAAGUGCGACCUUUCUGACAACGUUAAAGGCGCGAAACAUGAUUCCAAGUCUGUCAUGGGGUUACACGGCCGGUGCAAUCUACCCCGCAAACUUCAAUUCCCACUAUGUUGCCCUUACCAUCAUUUUCCUACUAAUCUUGGGCCUCCAGAAUCGAAAGGAGUGGUCGGAUCUCUGACACUUGGAAGCUACGACUCAUCACGACUUGUUCGUAAUAAUGUCUCCUUUUCUUUAGCCCCCAACGUCUCACAGGACCUUGUUGUUGGCCUGCAAUCAAUGACCGCCAAAUAUGCGAACGGCUCCGCAGUAUCGCUUCAGUCAGAGCCAAUCUGGACCUUCAUUGAUUCAACCAUCCCUUACAUUUAUUGGCCGCUCGAUGCGUGUAGAUUAUCUGAAAAAACGUUCGGUCUGAUCUGGAAUACGACACAUCAGAAGUACUAUAUGAAAGUCUUGUAG